UAUAAAUCGACGUACUUGAAGCGACUUGAAAGACGUUGACAGAGCAGGCACAUUUUUUCCAAGAUGACUUGGUUGUAUCUUUAAUGUUGAAAUCAGUGAUAAGUCGAUUGGUAGUCCAAGAAAAGAAAUAAUUUUGUCACCGAUGUACAGUAGACAAACAUACUGACAGACAGACAGACACAAAGGUUUUAUUUUUAUGUAUAUUCUACCUUAAAUAUUCAGACAUUUUAAUUAAAAAGAUGAACCAGUUACCAGUCCUUCUCAUACAUAUUUUUAAAGCAGUGAUGGACUUGCAUGGCAUUGAAUGAUAGACAGCUGGACAAACAAAUACACAGACAGACAGACAGACAGACAGACAAAAUAAUUCCCUCUGAUUCCUAGGAUGCUCUUGCAGCCACCUCAAUUCCAGAGGGAAGGAUCAAGAAAAUUACUAAAGUAGGGUUUGAAAGAGUCCGACAAAUUUUUGGAUUGAAGGUGGCAAGAAAUAAAUAGAAUUGAAUAAGGCAAGAAGUACUGUACAGCCUGGCUUUUAAUUAAAGAUGAUCAACAAGGAAGGGCAAUAUAUGCACCUCGAUCUGUCUUUAGUUCUUUGUCCUAAGCUUUCCAGGACGGCUAGAGUUUUGAGUAGCGUGGGUAUUGUCUUUAGACUUGGGAAGAGAUCGACAGUUCAGAAAAGAAAGCACCUAGAAAUCUGGAGAAAUAGAGUUUCACGACCAACAAAUUCUGCUCCAAUAUCACUCUCCAACACCCAUUUUUUCAACGCAGUUCAAUUUGCCAGAGGCUAGCUCGAUCUAGUUGGCCCAGCUAGGGCCAUCAGGAUGGCGUUAUGAAGAUCGAGUCAGAAGAAUUGAGAGAAUGUCUAUACAUGAUUUUUUUUCUCUAGGGCUCAUGCAAUUACAACUCCGUGUUUCACCUGAACGUGGUAUGGACUCCGGGUCAUCUGACAACGCUGCGGCAGAACAAUGCAGCUGUAUACAGGGCUCUUUAUUACGGAUUCAGUUGGACUAUUGUAAAAUAUGUAGCCUAAUCUUCUGCCAUCGAUCUAUCCAGUUGCAGAAAAGACCAAUGGGGUAGAUCUUUUGUUUUCAAUUUCUCUCCUAGUUUCUCCAUACUGCGGUUUUCGUUAGCUAACUUUAACAUUUAGCGGCUCACUAGAAGACAGAUUGCUUCCUGAAUAAGGCAUUACACACAGUUAGACACGUCCUCAUACAUAGCACAUACUAUAGAGAUCAAAGAAUCUGCUAAUAAUUACCGUCUCCUUACGGGUACUGUAUACCGUGAUUUACAUGUUCACCUUUACACAGUGACACGUAUUCUACAAGCUACUAGGCGAGCAGGUGUGGCCGACACCCAAUCAACAUCAUGUGACUUCCCAGCUUGAUAUCAAUCUCUACUCUUAAAAAUCACAAUUCCAUGGCGUCGAGUUCUUCACCUUCCCGAAAGAAUCCGCUCUCAACAUGAAGAUAUCCGUUUCGGCAGUAGCGAAGAUAGCCACUGCAACUUUGUUGGUCGUCGUUUGCGUCCACGUCGGCGUGAGAUCGUUUCAGAAGAGAAGUGGGCGUGCCCAACGGAGAACACUCUCCGAACGAUCGUCAUCGGAUGAAGACUCAGCGGACUGUGUCGAGAGAGCCGACUAUCUAAUGGAGCUGCUGAAAACGCGCGAAGAAGAGCACAAGAAAAACAUCGAACGCUUGAAGGUGCAGACACGUGAGCUUCACGAGCAGCUCAACUCCAAACUCGCGCUCAUCACUCGACUGCAGUCUGACUGUAGCAAGUCAGACCAAUCAGCGGCAGAUAAGUCGGUCGUCGUCGGGACAAAGUCGCAAGCGGCGACCAAUCGGAAGGCGUCGCAGGACAAGUCGGAGAGAAGCGCUCGCGACAUGAUUGUGACGCAGGAGGAGAUGAUACGCAACGCUCAACCGCCGACACAGAUCAAGAAUGAGUACGAGGUGAUACCGUGGGAGAGUUUCACGAAAGAUCGCGUAUAUCACCUGGAGGAUGGACUGGCUAAACGACCAGAGGAACGCCCCAUAGGUGACCGGAAACGUGAACACCAGGAGGUAUUAUCACUGGCUGUAAAGCUCCUGAAUGAUGAGAGCAACCACUUAGCGUCUCCUGUAACAAGUGAUGACCUCGUCGAAGGCUACAGUCGUCUAGAUCGCAUGCAGGGCACAGCUUAUGAGUUAUUUUUUCGGUCUAAACAGAAGCAGGUCUACAAGCAUCUCGAGUUGUUCAGACCGUUUGCUCCUAUUCAUCGACUGUCAAAUUCGGAGAUUAUCGAUUACAGUCAUGAGUGGAUCAAUCUUAUCAUGCCAUUGCAGGGUAGGAUCGAGAAGUUUCGAGCGUUUAUGGACAUGUUCAUGGAAAUGUGUCUGAAGCAGGACGGACGAGUUUUUUUAACAGUUGUUUAUUUUGGUGAGGAGGGACUUGCUGAGGCUCAGAGUAUUGUCGAGACGACGGCCAAGGCAAAUCACUAUAGGAAUUAUAAGUUUCUCAGACAUGAGGGGAGUUUUUCUCGUGGGCGUGGUCUUCUCCACGGGGCCAAACAUUGGGAACAGGGAAACGUCCUGAUGUUUUUCUGUGAUGUUGAUAUUGCAUUUGACACUGGAUUUUUAGACAGAUGCAGACUCAAUUCUCGUCCUGGUAAAAAGGUGUAUUAUCCAGUCGUCUUUAGUCUGUAUAAUCCAGCUAUUGUGUACGCGGACAAGAAGAUUCCUUCCGAGCGCGCUCAGUUGGUCAUGCGACGAGACACAGGGUUCUGGAGAGACUUCGGGUUUGGGAUGACAUGCCAGUAUAGGGAUGAUUUCUUAGGUGUUCAUGGAUUUGACACCAGCAUAGAAGGAUGGGGAGGUGAAGAUGUCAAAUUGUAUAGAAAGUACAUCAGAUCAAACAUUCAGACCAUUCGAGCUGUGGACAGAGGCAUCUUUCAUUUGUAUCAUUCAAAAUUCUGCGACCCCGGAUUGUCAAAAGAACAGUAUAAGAUGUGUGUCGGAAGCAAGGCUCUAAGUGAGGCAUCUCAUAGCCAACUAGGACUUCUGGCAUUCAAGAGUCACGAACAAUCCGGGACUCGGUAGUGAACAGAGUACAGGUAUAUGUCAUGUUCGAUUUGCCUUUUUAUUCGGGAUUGAGUUAUGUGUAAUUUCGUUAUUUAUUGCGCAUACUGACAUGUCCUACAGAGAAUUGUCUGCUUCCAUCGUUGGGCCAAUAGAGAAUUUGUAUUUUUGACCAGUGGCUGUGAAGUGUAUAGAACAUUAAAUAGAACCUUUACUUUGUUCUUGGAAGUGAUGUGUCAUUGUAUUGUUAGCUGCCGUAGUAGAUACUGGAGAUGUACGAC